AUGCUCCAGACCGGCGCCCGCCCGGACGCCUUCACGCUCCCACUCCUCAACCGAGCUGCGGCGUCCCUCCCCGGCUUCGUCGGCACCGCUCACUGCUUCGGCAUCCGGGCCGGCUUCGGCGGAAACGUCUACUUCUGCAACACGCUGCUGGAGGCCUACACGCGGCACGGCCUGGUGGCGCCCGCGAACCAGGUGUUCGACGAAAUGCGCGUGCGGGACGUGGUUUCAUGGACCACGCUUGUGUCCGCAUAUGCUGGUGCCUGGGACCCGCUGGAGGUAUCCCAGCUAGUGACGGCGAUGAGGACGAACGGCGACUGCGAACCCAGUGCAGUGACGCUUUCUGUAGUCCUCCGGGCAUGCACGGACAUGAGGGACGCUAUCGGCGGUAGGCAGUUGCACUGCUACGCUGUGAAAAGUGGGUGGGCAGGUAAUCUAGAGGAGGCUCUGCAAGUGAUCAUUGACAUGAAUGUUAAGCCAGAUGGCAGAAUAUGGGGUGCUCUCCUUGCGUCAUGCAGAAUGCACUCAAACUCUAAGCUUGCAGCUUUUGCAGCACAGAAACUUGUGGAGUUGGAACCUGAUAAUGUUGGCUACCAUGUGGUGUUCAGUAAUGUCCAUGCUGGAAGUGGUAGAUGGGCCAAAGUUGAGGACAUCAGAAGCUCCAUGAUUGGAAUGAACAUGGAGAAAUCUCCUGCUUGGAGCUGUGUUUCUGACAUUGGUGUCCCUUGA